AUGCGGAAGUCUUGCGUCAGAUGUAUUGUACUUGGCAGAGGAUUGCGCGAUUUGCCAUCCUUUUUUGUUGUUGUUUCGAAGGAUGUGGGAGUUAAGGAGCUGGUUAGUAGACAAUGGCAAGGUUCUAGAAAGUUGAAGGGGUUUUUAACGGUUUUCAAAUGGAUACGCCAAGGAACUGGAAGUUCUACAAGAAAAAGUUAUUACGAAGUGUUUUGAAAACUCGUGGUUCAUUUUAUAUCCGAAGACUCAAAGUUGAUCUAAGCGAAAAAGGAUUUUCUCGAUUUUAGAAAAAAAAACAUCCCAUUCUUUCUUACUUUCUUGUUGCAACCAGCAAGCUCAACAGUUUAUCCGUUCCUAAAAGGACCCCUUGAGCUGGUACAUUCAAGUGACCACCGAGUGUUUCCUCCCCCAAAAAGUUGGUAGCCAGCUUCGCUUCCGCUCGGGCCGCGACGAUUUCUGUGCAAACAGUGAGCCCGAGCGCCGUCGUCAUGUCGGAAGGCGUCGACCUCGUCACCUGCUCUCAGCGGGGUAAUUCGCGUGUGGCGCUUCCUUCCCGACGACAACCUCCGUGUUUGCAAUGGCAUUAACAAAACAAGCCUAAGCCUCUGUCAGAUGCUCUGUUUUUUUACACCUCUAGGAUGGGCUCGUGUGUUUGUUUCGGUACACGUGGAGAGAGAACGUUGGACUUUUUUUUGGAACUGUAUAUUCAAGUUAGAACUGUUGGAAAUGAAUUUUAAGGUUUUUUCUUCUUUAAGAAGAUGGUCCUGAUAAGAUUAGAGUUUGUACAGCCCUUUCAGAUGCUAUGGAUCACUGUUGAUUUCUUUUUCAGGGAAGAAUCAUCUUAAUUUUCACUAUUUGUCUGAAUUUCGGGUUAAGCAGACUGUGAACUCACUAUGUUUGUCUUCCGGGUCGAUUUCGCGAAUUUCAGUUGAGAAGGUUUGAAAAGUUAGUGCUGGUGGGAUUUUGAUACAAAAUAACGUCCCGCAGAUUUUCAACUCUAAAUUCCAGACUAAUCAGACUUUUCAGUUUUUUGCCGUCAAGAAAGUUUUUCAUAAGUCGGCUUUCUUUAUUCCUUUUUUCUUGAUAAUUUAUAUUUUUUCAAGGCGAAAGAUGAAUAUUUUAAAACUAUAACUUGUUCACAGCACCUCUCUGAGUGUUUCGAAGGCUCCUGUUGCCAAAAAUAAUUUUGAAAAACCUUUUCAUUCAAAUUGACCAACACUUCUUGAAAUUAAACUCGAUUUGAGAGGAAGUGUACCGGUAGGAGGUUCUGGUUGAGGUAUUAAAGGAACGAUGAGGAAAAGAUACCUUCGGGGUGGUUGGUAUAUCGUUGGGGAAUCUUUCUGGUUGGCUGAACCGCCGCCCUACUGCGACAUACGGCCGGCCGACCUUUUUGAGGUGCCUGCCAGUCGGUCCUCAGUUCUGCAGAUUCCAGUGUUUUCUCUAUCAUUCAUUCUUUCAUAAUUCAUUCGGUUAAUUCGAUUAAUCGUUGAAAGAAUUGAAAUGUUCAGCUCCAACAAUUUUCGGUUAAAGUUAUAGUAAGGCUUGACCCAAAACUAUCCGAUGUGUCAAAAAGUUUGAAGGUUAAGGAAAUUUUUAAUUUUUUUACAUGAUUGAAAAAAUCUAAUCUUAUCGUAACCCAAACUUCCGAGUUGAGAAUUUUUCCUGUCAAGCUCUCUUUUUUUUUAAUUGAUUGAAAUUCUGAGAAAAAGUUAAUCGAACAUCGGCUUCCUCUGCCAUGAAGUUUGAUCGUCCAAAACCUAAAAACGACCCUAAUUUUCAUCUAAUCCUCUGUCUAAUACCCUUAUUGGGCGGCGGCGGUAAAAAUUCUGUCGUCCGUGAAAACGGCGACAACUUAAUUUGAUUAGUCUCUUCUCGUGAAAAGUGUAGGCCUACUGUAGGAGAUUAUCGCCCUAAGAAAGGACUAUUCUUAGAGAGAAAAAAAGAAGUCGACUUAUAAAUUUUCUUAUCAACUUUAGAAGUUUAACAGGAACUCUAUUUGAAUAAUAAGCAGAAAAAUUAGCUUUCAAUUGGUCCUACAAUGAAAAAGUACUGUUUGAGAAAUGGCAUUCUCCAUACAAUGGAAAAAAAAAGCACAGAAUACUUUAACCGAUGAAAUAUCCGUUACAAGGCCUUCUCUCCGUACUUUCAAGCCUCAAUUCACUGGAAUUUUUUCACAAGAAGUCUUUCAUUUACUGUAGAUCAGACUGUUGACGUUCCAGAACCAUUUUUUCGCGACAUUUCUUGAUCCUUUUAAUUUUCGGACAAGCUAAAGUUGAACGAGUAGAGUCCUCGGCCAAUACAAACACGAUAAUGCGGGGCCAUUGUGAGGCCAACACUGGAUUUACAGCGACCACCUCCAUAGAAGUAAUCCCUAAUCCUUGAGCCACCUUCUUAGGAAGCACCACCUAACGUUAAUCUCUAUCGCGGGUUCACACAGUGACACCACCGUUUGUUUUGUUUUUCUUUGGUUUUGGCUUUUCCCCCUUUUUUUUUUGAAUGUUGACUCUGAAUUUUUCGAUGAAAAAGAUCAUUUUUUGACAGGCCCUUUCAGACUCGUAUCUUUUUUCAUAAACCUUUCCCAACUUCAUCAUACAGUAAGAAAUCCAAAUUGAAGUAUCUCAAUUUAACGCAGGGAAAUGUCUGAACUUCAAAAUUUUUUGGUUCGAAAAUUCUUUGAAAGCUAAAUAUGUCUCGUUUUAGAAGAAAUAUUAAAAACAUGAUUCUCAUUUUUCGGCUUUUUUAUAAUUUUCCGAAAACCUAUUUUGUAAAACAUGCUUGAACGUAUUCAAGAAGUCACUGCUUUUUUUUAUUGAACUAAAAUGUUUUUCACUUACAAAUAUUCUCAAGAACUGUGAUUAGAUGUGCUGAACGGUCUGAAGAAUCAUAGGAACCGUGGAGAAAACAAAAAUUGAGAUUGGGAUCUUUAAUUCAUAUAUUCUAGUGCUGUAGAUCAGUUGAACGCUCAUGAAAUAAGGAUUUUUCCAGUCAAUUCAAUCUUUAAUAGUUCUAUUUUUAGUUGAAAAUUGACUUUAAAACAGUCACACUUCGAAAUGUAUGGCUUUAACUUUUGAACUUCCAUUCUUCCACCUCUUACUGUUGAUUUCAGACCUUCACACCUUCAAAAAGCAGCCGACGUGACACCUCCGACACUUUUUCGGUCUCUUUCAAAAUAAAAAAGGCAACAUCAAGGCAAACAAACGGGAAGAAAAGUGGGCGGCGCUGCGACGCAGCCAAUGGAAGCGCUGCUGGUGGGCGGAGUCGGAACGACUUUGACGACCACGGUAUUCCAUCCAGCGACGGCGACGACGGCGACGAUCAAAAAGAAAAAGAGCCCACCGCAAAUGUCGUCUUAUCCCUAUUUUCUGCCCGAUCAUCACCAUCACCGCGCCAUGGCUUCUUGUCUGAGCAACGUAUCGGCGCCGAGCAGGUGAUUGGACUGAAUUUCUGUUCAGUGUAGAUUUUGUGAGAUUUCCGAGAUCUUUUAAGUAGGAGGUUUACGUUAGGUUUUUAGAGCAAGCACGGCUCCUUGAGCGUUCUGACAAAGUUAGAGAAUAACAGAAUCAUUUUCAUAUUUUGAGUUGUGAGAAAGAUUUCAACGUUUUCUCUUAUCUUUUCGUUGAAAUAUGAAUGUUUUGAAAUAAUCAAAAAUCGGUUACCUUUGUCUCAAACUCACAAACACAUAUUGAUACACCUAAAUCAAUAUAUGAACUAUUAUUAAAAAAAGAAAAAAAGAACUUUUUGAAAAAGUUGUUCUACGAAUUUAAAGCUUAACGAUCCAUUUUUGAAGUUUUCCAUUUUUCUGACUCGGUAACUGAUUCGAUUAGUCGUUGUUUGUAAACAAAAAAAUUGAUUUUUUUACUGGAGUUAGAUUUUUUUAAAUGUACUUCACGUAAGUCGCUUUCGAUUGGAGUUUCCUAUUUUUUUGCUAUUUUUUUAUUGUAUCUUUCUAACAUGAAAAGUCAACAAAAAAAUGUUAUUUGCAAAAUUCGAAUCUUUUGGUUUUUAUCUCGAAGUUUUUGAUUUAAGAUUGAUCAUUUUGCCGGAAUGAAGAUUUUCUUCUUGAAGUUGAAUUCGUAAGCUUGCAGUUCUGGCACGAAUCCCUUCUCGAUAGAGAACAUUCUGUCGUCACGCGUACAGCUGCCGAUUCUGCCCUUGCAAGCCGCCGCCGACUCGUUCCAGUUUCCCUGGUCCUUGCCGACGUACCCUUUUGUUUGUAAGUUUAAAACUGAGAUAAAACUUUCCUUUCUUCUGAAAACACCUAAAAAUCAAGGCGACACAAAUUGAUGACCCCAAAGAAAAAUUAAUGUUAAAUAAAUCAAUAAGGAUGUAAAAAACAUAGAAGAAGCUAAAUUUUUUGAUUUUUUUAAAAAGAGUUUCUUUUUUUUUCUAGGUUCUCUUCUUGGUCAAUAUUUUUCAACGAACAGCGCAAGUUUUCUAAAAACCUUGAAAGAAUAAUCUGAGAAGCAUAUCUGUUUUUGCGGUACCUUCUGUUCAUUCUUUAGUUGAUUUUCCAGCUCUCCUGUCCCCGAUGAUGCCGACGAUGAUCCCGCCAUACCACCUCCUGGCCCGACGAAAACGUCGCCACCGGACCAUUUUCUCAGAAGAACAACUUCAGAUCCUGGAAAACACUUUUGUCAAUACGCAUUAUCCUGACGUUUCGACCCGGGAAAAGCUCGCCAUCCAGUGCGAUUUGAAGGAGGAACGAGUCGAGGUAAUAGUUGGAAAAAAUCAAAAAAUAGUUCAAAAUUCGGCUGGAUAGGGUUGUCACUCUUUAGCCUUUUUUCAGUGUUGAAACAGUUCAGUAGUAGUGGAAGUUUAAAGUACAAAACAGUUAGGAAAUUUGAUUUCGAAGUUUCUUUUCAGAAAUUUUCCGUUUAUAGGUCUAAAUAGAGCUUUUUAAACUGAUAAAAAAAAGUAAAUUUGUUUGUUUUUAAAAAAAGAAAGGUUAAAAUUUUUGGGAGUUCCUAAGACGAUUUUUUCUUCGAUAUCAAAAAUCUCCAAUUUUUCUCAGCUUCUAGAGACUUUUUUCAUUCCUCUGGUUGCUCUCUUGCGAUAAUCCUUCUAUUGUUUUUUCACCAGUUUUUUUUUCAAGGGUACAGUAAUCCUUCCUGACGGCGCGUGCGGUACGAUUAUCUUGCAAAAAGAUUCGGCGGAACUUUUGGAAAUGUUUACUUGGGAAGACCUGAAGAGAAUUCGCCAUUGCACUUAUUCUUCAAGUGUGAGAAGAUUUAGUUUGACUUUUUGUUGCUAUAAGGUGAAGAACAAGCUUUUUGGAUACUUAAAUCAAGUCUGCGUUCCUUUGAAAACUUUUGAUUCCUGAAUUAGCUACUUAAAUGUCUUUCGACUCCAAAACUGUUGAUUUUUUAAAAGUGUUCCUCAUACUCAGAAAUUCUUACAAAUUUUCAAAUAAUUUUAAACCUUUAGUCAACAAAAUUAGAAGAACUUGACGAGUUGUCCUCGCAGAGAGGACGAUAAUUCUGCGAACAACACAGACACACCAAAUACAGUAAUCCUCUCUCUCCGUGCGCAUCAUCCUUCUCCACCACCUUGGAAUCAACUGAACCGGAAAAGUGUACGUCGCAAUCGAUUAGAGGCGCGCCGCCCCGUGUUGUUCUGGCUUCUCAUUAUCGUAUUAUCGGUUCGAUCCCCUUUUUGCGGAAAGAGAAGGAAAAGCGAUAUUUAAUACACAUUGCGCCAUACAGUUUAGGCUGAGCCCCCUAAUUUUGAGUCGCCUUUCGCCAGCUGUCAGUUUAGGCGAGUUUAGGUCAGUGAGCUAUUUUCUUCGAGGAAAUUUUUGGAAGAUUAUGAAAACUCAGUCCUCGAUAACGCAAACCGCACACGCCCUGUAAGUUUCUGAGCAUUUCAAGUAGUCACUCAAGACUACUGAAGCUGCUGAAGAAAUCAUUAAAAAAAAACUCAAAAACGUUCGAGUCCAGUGGGAUGGUAGAAGAAAAGUUUUUAAAACUGUUUAACACUUUUCUUUUGUUUUCAAGUUAGCCAUUCUUUUUUCCCUAUAGUUAAUAAAUCGCUGUCCUGGGCCUUCAAAUGCUUUCUAACUUUGAUUAAAUCGCCCUGGAACGGUUAGUAACUGUAGGGAGUUUCGAACUUUUGCCUAAUCAACUUCUAUUACUGCUUAUUGAAACCUUUUUUUUAUUAAGCCCCUAUUUUUGGGAUGUCAAUGUUUUUCAAAGUUUCAAAGGACGUUAUUAUUACUAUACAGGAAUUUUUUUGGAGCUUAUCAAUUUGAUUAAAUGAAAAACUGAGCAAGUUGGACUACGGACCGACUUUAAAACGAGUUUGAAGCUUUGGAAAAAAAAAAUUUUCUUUCGAAUUUUUUGAUUGAAUAAGUAUCUUGAUAAUGUUUAUAUUGAAAAUUAAAUCCUUGAAUCGUCAAUUUUCAGGUUUGGUUCAAAAAUCGAAGGGCGAAAGAGCGUAAACAGAAGAGAGAUGACGUCAGCAACAAAAAUAUCAAGGUGCGAAAUUUAUAAAAAAAAAACGAUGGAAAGAAGUUGAUACGUGAUACUAUAGUUCAAAGUUGAUGCGCAGUUAAAUUGAGACUUUUCAAAAAUUCUUUUUUCAUGUGAGGACAUACUAAGAUAUGUUUAAAAAGUGGGUGUACCAGCAUUUAGCAUCUGGCUCUACUUCAGGGUUACUUUCCAAACCGUUCGAAAUCCGUGGAGCGCGUCUGGUCAAAGGCCAAGCUUCUUUGAUCAUAAUGAUAAAGAGAAACUGAGUUUGUCUCUUAAAAAUUUCGAUACUCAAUUCUGUGCUCAAAAGCUCAGUCAAAAAAGCUCUUCAGGUCUCGCUGAGCGACGAUUCUGAGUGUGACGUCAGUGACGACGAAGAGCCACGAUCCGCGAAGCGACGUCGCCUCGAAUCGAAAAACGUUCAGUCGUCGUCCCCGGAAACGAAGUCCUCAACGGAAAAAUCCUCUUCAUCGCCCAAUAAAUGA